GUGGUAUUUGUUGUGAGUGUAGCGGUCGGAUUUGGCAUAUGUGUCUUGUCAAUUACUUUUACAAUAUUUAAAUUAUUCCUUACACGCUGUUAUUUUUCACACAAGAGGAGCAGAUCAUAGUUUUCAAGUUUGACUGAAAAUUGUCAUCAACCAUGUGGAUUCUGUUUUGAAAAGGUGCCAAAAUGAUAAAAAAUAUUAUCAGCAAGUCUUUGGGUUUUAUUGGAUAUACCAUUCAGUAUGGAUGCAUUGCUCAUUGUGCAUUUGAAUACAUUGGGGAGCUGGUAGUGUGCUCAGGACCUUCAAUGGAACCCACAAUUCAAAACCAUGAUGUUGUAUUUUCAGAGAGGUUAAGCUGUCAUUUGUAUUGCAUUGAAAAGGGAGAUAUUGUUAUAGCAAAAAAUCCUAGUGAUCCGAAGAUGAAUAUUUGUAAAAGAGUAAUUGGAUUAGAAGGAGACAAAGUCUGCACAAGCAGCUCAUCUGAUAUCUUCAAGACACAUACUUAUGUACCAAAAGGACACAUCUGGUUAGAAGGGGACAACAUUAAGAAUUCAACCGACUCACGGAGUUACGGCCCAGUUCCCUACGCGCUCAUAAGAGGCAGAGUUUGCUUCAAGGUAUGGCCAUUUCACAAUGCUGGGACUUUCGGGAAGAGCCCAAAUGAAAGAGUUCCUCGUAAUGUUUGAAGACAUUUCCUUAAUUCAUAUCUAUAUUACAUAUAUAGUUGUGUAUGUACUGUAUUUUAUAAUAUAUUCAAAACAAUUUC